UAUAAAUAGUUGGGCAGCCGGGUCUGGUGUUCAGUGCAAGCAGGUCUGUCAACGACAUCCCAUCAAUCCCAGCUCCAAACAUCCGCAGUCAACAUGAAGUUCUUGCUCCUGAGCGUGUUCCUUUGUCUGGUCGUGUGCUUCAUGGCCACCAGUGCGGUGCCCAUCGAGGAGUCCAUACCCGAAGGUCUCGAGGGUCCUGGCAGUGACACCCUCAACCCCUCAGACGAUCAGUCCUUCCUGCUCAAGCUGAAGCUGCUCAAGAAGCUCCUGUUCUUGGGCUAAGAGAUGAGAUUCCUCCAUUCAUUCGGCUAUGGAUGUUUUUUUUUUUUUGUAGCUUAACUUUGUGUCUAGGUUUUUUAAGAAAAUAUACAAAAUUAAAUGAAAUGCAAGCAUUUGAUAAACUAA